AUGAGGGCUGCCUUCGCAGGGAGUGCUGCCUUCGCAUGGGGUGGUGCCUUCGCAAGGUAUGCUUCCUUCGCAGGGAGUGCUGCCAUUGCACAGAGUGCUGCCUUCACAAGGAGUGAAGCCUUCGCAAGGAGUGCUGCGUUCUCUUGGAGUGCUGCCUUCACAGGGAGUGCUGCCUUCACAAGGGAUGGUGCCUACGCACGUAGUGCUGCCUUCGCACGGAGUGCUGCCUUCGCAAAAAGUGGUGGAUUCGCAAGGGGUGCUGCCUUCGCACGGAGUGCUGUCUUUGCACAGAGUGCUGCCUUUGCACGGAGUGCUGUCUCCGCAUGGAAAGCAACCUUCGCAAGUAGUGCUUCCUUUGCACGGUAUGCUGCCUUUGCAAGUAGUUCUGCCUUCGCAAGGAGUGCUGCCUUUGCAAGGAGUGCUGCCUUCGCAAGGAGUGCUCCCUUCACAAAGAGGGCUGCCUCAGCAAGGAUUGCUGCAUUCGCAGGGAGUGCUGCCUUCGCAAGGAGUGGUGCCUAUGCACAUAGUGCUGCCUCCGCACAGGUUGCUGCCUUUGCAUGGAGUGCUGCCUUCGCACAGAGUGCAGCCUUCGCAUGGAGUGCUGCUUUUGCUCAGAGUGCUGCCUUCGCAAGGAGUGCAGCCAUCGCAAGGAGUGCUGCCUUCGCAGGCAGUGCUGCCUACGCAGGGAGUGCUGCCUUCGCAAGGAGAGCUGCCUUCACAAGGAAUGCUGCCUUUGCAAGGAUUGCUGCCUUCGCAAGGAGUGCUGCCUUCGCUAGGAGUGCUGCCCUUCUAAGGAGAGCUGGCUUCGCAAGGAGUGCUGCCAUCGCUAGGAGUGCUGCUUUCGCAAGGAGGGCUGACUUCGCAGGGAGUGCUGCCUUUGCAAGGAGUGCUGCCUUCGCAAGGAAUGGUGCCUUCGCAAGGAGUGCUGCCUUCGCAUGGAGUGCUGCAUCCUCAAGGAGUGCUGCCUUCGCAAGGUGUGCUGCCUUCGCAAGGUGUGCUGCCUUCGCAAGAAGUGCUGCCUUUGCAAGGAGCGCUGCCUUCACAGGCAGUGCUGCCUACGCAGGGAGUGCUGCCUUUGCAAGGAGAGCUGCCUUCACAAGGAAUGCUGCCUUUGAAGGGAUUGCUGCCUUCGCAAGGAGUGCUGCCUUCGCUAGGAGUGCUGCCCUUCUAAGGAGAGCUGCCUUCGCAAGGAGUGCUGCCAUCGCUAGGAGUGCUGCUUUCACAAGGAGGGCUGACUUCGCAGGGAGUGCUGCCUUUGCAAGGAGUGCUGCCUUCGCAAGGAGUGGUGCCUUCACAAGGAGUGCUGCCUUCGCGUGGAGUGCUGCAUCCGCAAGGAGUGCUGCCUUCGCAAGGUGUGCUGCCUUCGCAAGAAGUGCUGCCUUUGCAAGGAGCGCUGCCAUCACAAUUAGUGCUGCCUUCGCUAGGAGUGCUGCUUUCGCAAGGAGUGCUGCCUUCGCAAGGAAUGCUGCCUUCCCAAGGAGUGCUGCCUUGGGACCGAGUGCUGCCUUCCCUAGGAGUGUUGCCUUCGUACAGAGUGCAGCCUUCGCAAGGUGCUGCCUUCGCAAGGUGUGCUGCCUUUGCAAGGAGUACUUCCUUCGCAAGGAGUGCUGCCUUCGCAAGGAGUGCUGCCUUCGCUAG